CUUAAAGAGCGCAUUGUUGAACCUGGGUGUGAUUCUGCUUUCCGCAAGAUUUCCUUUGAUGGUCCGGCAAGCAUUUGCGCAAUUUUACGAGGUUUGAGGAAACAUGAAAGUGAAAAGAAGUUGAACGCAACACCAUAGAACCCCACCAAUAGUACGUUCAUUAACUAUGCAGGAUGUGUUUUAUGGAAUGUGGUCCGGUUACCUACAGGGGAGUAGUACUUCAAGCUGAGCUUCCUGAUCAUUGCUCAGUGCAGCAGUGAUGGCUUCAACUGCCUUGUCCUGUUUGCUGUGUGUCCUGUGUGUGCUCCUGUUUCCACCUUUAGGCGGUGCUGCGUGUGGCAGCUUCUGGGACAAAUAUGGAAACUUGCAGUUCAAUGAAGAUUGCUUUUUCAGCUAUAACUACAAUAGCCAAGGACCAGGAGUAGCGGUACUUGUGGGAUCGAUUAUUGGCUGCAUUCUUUUGGUCCUCGUCUGUGUAAUGCCUAUCCUCUGCUUCCUGUGUCCCUGCUGCUUGUUGUACAAGGUGUGCCGAAAGAAACGCAACCGGACGCAGCAAGUCGCGCUAACCACCACCAACGUAGUCAACCAUCACGGACAGCCAGUCCCAUAUCAGCCAUCACACCCUGGCUACCAGCCUGUGCCAAUUGUGCACGGGUACGGUGGUGUACCCGCGCCCACUGCACAGCCACAGUUUCACAUGGAAAAUGAUUCAUCUCUCCCCCCUCCGUUACCACUGGGGCCUGGUGGGGUUCCUUAUCCUUCUCCACCACCUUAUUCUGAAUAUCAACAACCCCCCUACAAUCCAUCCUAUGACCCGUAACUCUAAGCCAUGAUCCAGGGAUUGUGUGAGUGUAUGUGUGUGUUUGAAUGUAUUUUGUACACAAGAGCAGCACCAUGGGAUGUCAUUUUUAAGCGUAGUGAUUUUUUUUUUACUUGAAAUGUUAACGAAGUUGUCUGCUGUGUUUCAUGUGUUAACGAGACAUUUAUAAAAUGUUACGUUAUUAAGGUUCGUUUGUUUUUAAAUUCAAUUACAAUUCAAUUUGAUCAAAUAUACACAGGACCAAACAUUUGCCUAAAGGUAAACUCAGUUACAGUUACAUUAACUGCCAAUAGAGGGCGCCUCCUCCACGUUUUCUUUCAUGAACCAUAAAAACCUGGCGAUCAUGUCAGAGUCAAACCAAAAGUUUCUUAGUAUCUUUUGCAUAAAAAACAAACAAAACAAUAAGACAAUAAUGUAUAUCUUUAGAAAGUCGCUAGAGGGCAUCCUUUCCCCCAAAAUAUUUAUAUGAUUUUUCAAAAAUCAAAUAAGAUCUUCUACUUAAACACUGUACAAAAAAAAAAAUCCCAAAAAGUUUAUAUAUGAAUACAAGAGCUCAGAUAAAAUAAAUCCUUUGAAAUAUUCAAAGCAUGUACAGUAAAUUAAUUUAAAAAAAAA